CCGCUCUCUCCGACGCAUCGACCCUCCUUUGACGCACCCUAGUCACUCUUUUCAUACCCUACUUUCCCUCCAUCGCAGUAAUGCGUCUUCUCUUCGCCAGUGUUUGGCUGGCGUCGUUGCUCACCAGCGUGCUUGCUGGAAUGCCCGACAAGAUAUACGGUGUAAACUUGGGCUCAUGGUUGGUCCUCGAGUCAUGGAUGUUACCCCAGGGGUGGCUGGAUAUGGGCGGGCAAUCAUGUCAAAACUGCCAGGACUGUAUAGCUACGGAGCACGCGUUCGCGAAAGCGUACCCUGAGACCGUGGACGAGAAGUUUGCGCAGCACUGGGAAACCUGGUUCACCCAGGAUCAUGUCUCCGAGUUGAAGGCCGCUGGCAUCAACACGGUCCGCAUUCCGCUUGGCUACUGGAUCAUCGAGGCUUUGGUGGACCCGUCGCACGAAGCAUACCCGAAGGGUGGUCUCAAAUACCUCCGUCAAGGUCUCGGCUGGCUCAAGGACGCUGGAAUAAGCGUGAUCCUUGAUCACCACGCUCUGCCGGGUGUACAGUCAGCCAACCAGCAGUUCACCGGAAACUGCACGGACACGCCCCAGUUCUACACCCCUUACAAUUAUCACCGCGCGCUUGUCUGGACGUCAGUUAUGACCGCCCUCACGCACAUGGACCCCAACUUUGGUAGCGUCUUCUCUAUCGAAGCCGUCAACGAACCUACCAUGAAUGCCACCCAGACCCCUGGAUACGGUGACUUCCAGAAGAACUUCGUCCAAGUCGUCCGCACGAUCGAGCUUAUCAUUGGCAUCCCUGGUAUCGACCUCAACCUUGGCCUCAACCCCGACGCGGACAUUCUCGGUCUUGGUCUCGGCACCAACUUCACCGCCGCGUUGGGCUCAGUCGCUGAUGCUGCCGCGGCUGCGCUUAACCCUGAAGUGCAGCUUGCGCUCGCGGAUGCGGUGCCCAUCAUUCUUGAAAUCGCCACUGAGUGUGGGCUGGAGAGUAUCUUUACGCUGUUGGACUUUAUGGAUACGAAGCGGGAUCCUAUUGUGACUAGCUUCAUGGAUGUUAACUGGCAGUACAACAACCCGUCGAACCCUGCUGAUGCUAAAAUCGGACCGCAAGGAUACGACAACCAUCUUUACUAUUCAUUCGGUGGUGUUGCUGACUCGAACCCGGAAGCGUACCUGAUCAGUAUUUGCAACCUGAACCGCAUUCAGAACGACGCCAAACUCGGAAACACCCCUCUGUGGUUCGGCGAGUGGGGUCUGCCAACCCAGUUCAAUGCAACCGACGCGUUCCUCUACAAGUGGGCUGACGCGCAGAAGUAUGCCUACAGCCAAGGAGCUGGAUGGAUCUUCUGGAACUUCAAGACCGAGAUCUCGGCGUUGACCAACGGAACUUCGCUCGCGCGCCAAUGGUCCUAUCUCGAAGCCCUCAAGAUGGGUUUCCUCACGCAGAACCCGGCGCAGCUGAACGAUGCGGAUGUGUGCAAGCCCUACAUCGGGAAGACAUACACGUCGACUACCAUGAACGCUGUUUUGACGAGUGCUGCAUCCACUAGCACCGGUCCUGCCGCCCCCGCCGCGACCACUGCUGUUACUGCGACUGCGGCGGACAAGACGACCGGCAGCGAGUCGUCUGGUGCUCCUCAGAACACUGGCUCUGCCCCGACGGAGACCUCUGCGAAUGGUACGCUCCCCACUGGCACGCCUCUCACCAAGGCCCCGAAAAUGCGCAAGGCUCUCCAAGCCCAUAGACACUCGGGUGGUCACUACUUCUGAGUGAACAACGAACGAGUAGAAAAUGAUUCCUUUCCUUGUUUGCUUCUCAUCUUCGCGUAUGAUUCAACUUAGUGAUCACGUACAGUUUACUUCGGGUGUUUGAGCGACCUUUGUUUUACUUGGUAAUUACUGGUUUC